GUUUCGACGGCAUCAUUUUGUUUCCCCGCACCGGAUUAUUGAGUUUGACGGAAAAUUACUGCGAUGUAAACGUGGCCAUUUAGAUUAAAGUUUAAAUUUUUACAAAUAUAUUAUUUAGCGAUAAAAUAAGUUUGAUAUUUAAUUUAUUUACGUGUUUUUUCGAACCUCCAGGAUGCCUUUUCGGGGUCAAAAAAGAGGCAAAAUGCCAGGCUUCAGUAGCGUGGGUACGUUCAAGAUUUUCAUUGGUAAUCUUGCUGAUAAAACAUCAAAUUCAGAUAUAAAACCAUUAUUUGAAAAAUAUGGUAAAGUUGUCGAGUGUGAUGUCGUCAAAAAUUAUGGAUUUGUCCAUAUGGAGAAUGAAGAAGCCGGUAGAAACGCGAUUCAAAAUUUAAACGGAACUCCAGUCCAUGGUCAGCCGAUAAAAUGCGAGGCCGCUAAAAGCCGGAAAGGUCCCAACACUCCGACGACAAAAAUAUUCGUCGGUAAUUUAACAGAUAACACGAAAGCUCCACAAGUCCGGGAGCUAUUUGCUAAGUACGGUACUGUCGUCGAGUGCGACAUCGUACGGAAUUAUGGAUUCGUGCAUCUGGAGGCUUCGGGUGAUGUAAACGACGCUAUCAAGGAGCUCAAUGGUCAGAUGGUCGACGGACAGCCCAUGAAAGUCCAGAUAUCUACCAGUCGGGUCAGACAGAGGCCGGGUAUGGGCGACCCGGAGCAAUGCUACCGCUGCGGACGCGGCGGCCACUGGUCCAAAGAGUGUCCCAAGGGUGGUAUGGGUGGAGGUCCUGAUAGAAACGGUUUCCGAGACAGGAUGUUUGGUCGCGAUCCUUACCCACCACCUCCACCGCCUCCAUUCCUCAGAGACCGUAUCAUGGGUGGUCGUGGAUUCGGCGAGUACGAUAGUUACUACGACCGGCGAGGAUUCGAUGACUCCCGGGAUUUGUACGAGAGAAGAUUCACCGGAAUGUCCGGACCCCGCGAUAUGGACAGCUCGAUGUUAGGACGGGAUUUCCCACCAAUGUCCAUGCCUCCAUUACCCGCGAGACGCGAUCCCAUGCCACCUAUGCCUGCUCUAGGUAUGGGUACCAUGCGCGACAGCGGUUUCUCCCGCGGUAAUGAUUACGGUAUGUUCAGCAGACGUUCACCACCUCCUAGUGGUAACAAUGGACGAUUCAGUAGAGGCAUGUACGAGGACUUCAGCCGAGACUCGUUUGAGGAGCGUAGCAGACCGGGAAUCCGUGGACCAUCGCCGUCGCGCCGGUUCGCACCCUACUAAAGAUAGACAGACGUCGUCGUCGUCGCGCUGUCGCCGUCGUCGUCGUGAUCGGAUGAUCGGUGAUGAUCUCGGUCUGUUGCCGUCGUCGGUUUCAGUCUGACUCUGAUUCUGACAGUAACUCUAUGCCAUUAAUCGUCAGAUAACCAAACAAUCAAUCAAUCUAUGAGACUCAAUGAGUGAUCGAGACAUCUGUUGUGUCCGAUCGUCUGUGUCUACGUCGUUGUUGUCUACUGCGUCGUCGUCGUCGUCUAAGUUGUCCUUUUGUCCUCGUCUUGGUCGCCGUCAUCCGCACGCCCGUUGCACAGAUUAUGCAGGAAGCCCUCGGGAUUCCGUGAUGAUACAACAAAUAUUAAUAAUUAUUAUCAGUAUGAUUUUUAAAUAAUAAUAAUAAACAUUUAAAUAAAACACACACUGGCCGUCACGCGCGAAGAUCACUUUCAAAAUUACCCAGGAUUAUUUUAUCAGUUUAGAAUUUAUCAAGAAUUAAAUUAAAUUCAAAUGGAUUCACGAUUCACAUUUUUUUAAAAAUAUAUAUAUAUGAUAAUAAUAUACUGAUCAAUACAUAGAUAUAUGUAUAUGAACAAGUGCCGUUGGUAUGCUAACUGGAUUAAAACAAAUGCGACAAUUAAUAAAAAAGGAAAAGCAAAAAAUUAAUACAUUAACAAUUUGAAAAUAAAUUAUAACUGCGUGUAAUUAUUUCUAUAAAUUAGAUAAGGACUAAGGAUAAUUAUUGAUAAUGAUACUAAUUAAUGAAUUAAUAAUAAAUGAUUGAAUGGAUUUUGAAAGUUUCCAAGUUAUUUAUUCGAUUAAUCGGAAUUUGAUUUUUUUUUUUAUUUUAAUUCAAGUUAUCAAUUUUUUUUUAAAUCAACUGUACAAAAAUUUUAAUUUAAUUAUUUUAUCACACGAUUUUUUUAAUUAUCAAUAAAAAAAAUUAUCAAAUUCUUGACCUUUAAUUUUUUUUUUUUUUUUUUGACCGCUCGUUUUUUUUCAUUUGUAGAAACUUCGGUAACGUUGACCGUCCGGUUUAAAUUAAUUAUAAUUAACAUUAAUUAUAAUUAAAAUUUUUGAAAAACUUUUGCAGAAUCGAAUGUAAAAAAAAUUACCGGGCGUCUAUCGUUAUCGCAAUAAUUUGAAAAAAAUUUUGUAACCCAGAAUUGAAAAAUUAAUCAUUUUAUUAAUUAAAUGUUUUAAUGAUAAAAAUAAUUGUAUGGUAAUCGUGUUCUUAUUCCCGCGAUUAAUUCUUUGGGCCAAUGAAUUUAAAGUGCAUGUGAAUUGACGUCCUGUUUGUCAACAAAUGCAAUUAAUAAAUAAAUAAUUAACUUAAAUUAUUUAUUAAUUAAUUAAUAAAUUAAAUGAAUUAAUAAAUCAAACAAACGGAAAUUGUAAUGAAUUGUAACGGUAGGCUCAGAGAUUAACAUAAAAAUCUAAUUAAUUUAAAUGUUAACGGACUUAACAAAAUGGAGGUUUCAAAAAAUAAAAUGGCGUCGGUUUCUGUGACUAAGGACCCUGAUAAUUAAUAAUUAAGGUUAUUCUACCAUAGACAUAUAAUUAAUUUUUAUUGUAGGAUUAGACUCGAUAAUUAUUGUAAACAAUAAAACUAAAUAAAGAUAA